AUGCCGGGCCUCACCAUCGGCGACACCAUCCCCGACCUCGACGUCGACACUACCCAUGGCCACUUCCGGAUCCAUGACUACGUCAACGGUGGCUGGGCCAUCAUCUUCUCCCACCCCGGUGCCUGCCUCUCUCUCUCUCUCUCUCUCUCUCUCUGUGAGGGCGAGUGACCAUUCCAUCUGUUCUCUCGAGUGCUGACGUGGCCUUCAUCUCUUUAUCUCUCUCAUCUUGGCUUCAUCUUCAUCCAUCUCUCUGAGCAUGUCUCAUCUCUUUACUCUCUCUCUCGACCCCCCCACCGGACGAUCCAACAGGUGACUUCACGCCGGUGUGCACCACGGAGCUGGGAAAGAUAGCGUCCAACGCGGAGGAGUUCGAGAGGCGCGGAGUGAAGUUGCUGGGCCUCUCCUGCGACGACCUCCAAUCCCACCGCGAGUGGAUCAAGGACAUCGAGGCCUACACGGUUCUCUCUUUCUCUCUCUCUCUCUAACCUCUCUUCUAUGGUUUAUAGUAAGCAGGGAUGCAUAGUGGGCUAUCCGAUUUUAGCCGACUCCCUCCAUCUCUGUCUACUCUCUCUUCUGUCUCAAUCUCUCUCUCUCUCUCUCUCUCUCUCUCUCUCUCUCUCUAACUUCUCUGUUCUGUGAGUUAUGAUAAGCCGGGAUGCAAAGUGGGGUACCCGAUCGUAGCCGAUCCGAAGAGGGAGGUACUGAAGGAGCUCAACAUGGUGGACCCCGACGAGAAGGACUCCACCGGCGCCCAUAUCCCUUCCCGGGCCCUCCACAUCAUCGGCCCCGACAAGAAGGUCAACUCCAUACAGACCCCAUCCUCUCUCUAAGCGUCAACGCCCGUUUCUCUCUCGCUCUCUCUCUUACCGACGUGGCGUGCGUGUGACUGCCACGGCGGCGGAUCAGGUUAAGCUGAGCUUCCUCUACCCGGCGACGACGGGGAGGAACGUGGACGAGGUUCUGCGCGUGGUCGACGCCCUUCAGAAGUCCGCCUCCCACCCAGUGGCGACGCCGGCGAACUGGAAGUCCGGCGAGCCGGUGGCGAUCUCGCCGUCGGUCUCCGACGAGGACGCCAGGAAGAUGUUCCCCCAGGGAUACCAGACAGCCGACCUCCCUUCAAAGAAGGGCUACCUCCGUUUCACCAACGUCUGA